AUGUAUCCACCACGUCGAGGCGGACUACCUGCAAGAGGUUAUGUUGGACGAGUGACCCCUGCUCUCUCUAGGGCUGGUAAUUCGUGUGCACCGCCGGGAUUCCCUCUUCGUAGCAUCACCGAGCUCUUGCAGGCGCCUGCACGACGAAACCAGCCGACUCUCCAUCCCGAGAAGAGAGAUGGCGCACUUUGGAUCUCCAUCGACAAUGAGGUCAACUAUGAUAUCAAAAAUGCUUUUACGAAUGAUUUUGAUGGUCCUUGGUGGAAUCUUGGUGAGGUUCCUCAAGAGCAGAAAGACAAGUGGUGGUCUGAUUUUGUGCAAAAGUAUUAUUGGGAUCCAGAUCAUCAUACCUUGGUGAAGACUCUCUGGACUAAACAGCUCCGAAGAAUGAUCUCGAACAACAUCAGCAAGGGGAAGAGACAAAAUAAAAAGCCAAAAUUUGUCUCUGACAUCAAUUGGAACUUGAUGUGGCAACACUGGGAUACUCCACAAGCUGUUCAUAUUAGCACUAUAAACUCUCAGAACCGGAAAUCUGACCGUGGUGGAGAUGGGAUUCAUCAACACAUUUCUGGUUCAAAAUCGUAUGCCAAGGUCAAAUAUGAUAUGAUGAUGGAGUUGGGUGAGGAGCCAUCAAUCACAGACUUAGUGCGGAAGACGCACAUGAAGCUUGAUGGAACUUUUGCUGACAAACGUGCAAAGAUGAUUGUUGAUGAAGUUGAGUCGAUUGUUGUUUCCCAGCAAUUGAACAACAAUGAACAUGUUGAGGUUGGCAGCCAAGAGACGAACUCACACACACCAAUUACACCACUUAUGCGAGAUGAGGCUUUUUAUUCGAUAGUCAAACCAUAUAAAGGAAGGGUGUUUGGACUUGGAUCUGCUCAGAUGGAGAGUUAUGAUCCCAUUGAUCCACCAUCUCUUGUUCUUCCUCGUCAAGCUCGUUAUGAGCGGGACCUGUUCAAUUUGACUGGAGUUGUCAACCUAAUGAGCCAGCAAAUUAGUGCUUUGUGUGAAGCUAGAGGAGUCAGAGUUCCACAUGUGACUGAGCAGCCACCUCAUCCAUCACAGCCGCCACACUCUCAAACAUCUCCAAGUGAAGCAGCUGCUACUCCUGCUUCGACAGUUCCUUCUUUAUCUUGA